AUGGCAACCCAGGCUGUUCCCCUCCACACCUCUAUCACCAACCCCUGGUCAUUAGGCCGCACACAGCAACAACUGGGAGACAGUGGUUGCAGCAAAUCAGGCUCGAUUUGUGCCAGUCGUUGGCGGAAUCUCGUAUGCUGCGUUGCGCCAUGGGAGGGCAAAGGAGAAGCGCCUGGUGCUGCCGGAUCGAUUGACCGGCUAAGCUGGGUGCUUCCUGUUAUUGUUGUUUUGAUUUCUGGUGCUGACGCCAGCAGCCAGCGCAGCGCGUGUGGGAACAAACAUACCUACUUGACGAACCGACAUCAUCCGUCUUGUUCCCCCUCCUUCCUUCCUGUCCUUGUCUUGCACUGCUGUUUUGAUUUCUUCGCCCGUUGCACAUUCUCAAUACAACUAUUAUUUUCUAUACCAAAAUAUUCAGAUGUUGUAAUCUGCCUCCAAACAAUUCUGGAACAUAUUUUAUACUCGAUUUCAGUGCAUCGAAGAAUCUGCUCCAUUAGUGUACCGGUACGGUGA